AGUCUGACCCAGCUGAUUAAUUUCCCCCUGAAAAGACUCCUCUCUCCAUGGAUAUCUGUGGGGCUUUUCUUCCUAACAAAAUUAAAUGUCUGGAAAAAGGUCUGACCGAUGAAAAGAUACAUUCUUGUGACUUGAAAAAAACAAACAAAUUUUUGUACUUUUGAAGCUAUUUGGUGGCAAAGACCUGCCCUAUUAUUUGGUUUGUUCAGUAUUCGGCUGAGUAAUGGUACUUGUAGCCCCAAAGAGGCUGUGUCUCCAAGCAACCAGUGAAGUAAAGGCUUCACCGAGGAUUUAUAAACACUCGAUUCACUGAGAUUUAUUUGGUAGGAGAAUGUUGAUCAUCUUUAAAACCUGAGAAGGAAACUACACUGUGACCUGUGAGGAGCAGAGGAGAGCGAGCAAAGUAGGUACCGUCCUGAGCUAGCAUGCUGAUCACCAACUCUAAAUGCAUUUGUAAAAUUAUGUGUUGUGUUUUUAAUGUUAAGACAUAUGUUGUGGGAAACAUUUAAAGUUACUUUGACUUUUUAAAAAUGUGAACUAUCUGGAUGUUUUGUUUUGUUUGUUUUGUUUUAAGGGCCUUAAAGGAGAUUUGUUUACCGGACUAAAACAGACUGAAAUUAAUAUUAAUGACACUAUUUAACCUUCUGAAGAAACUAUGAAGUGAAAGGUAUUUACAUUCAUAAUGUAAUCACUGCAGGGGGUCAGACAAAGUGAAUCAUUAUUUUUUAUAGAUUCAACAGAAAUGACUUUUUUUAAGGAGUGAGGUAGGAUGUUUUUUUUUUUUUAUCAGGAAAAUAAAACACUAUUUACAGCAAAGUGAGAGGAGAUACACAUUAAUACUAAAAACUAUGUUCUUGUUCUUUUGCUUCAACUCCAACAGUUUGGUGAAAAAACUACUUAAAAGUCAGUCAUGUGGUUUUCAAGCAUAUUUAGAAAUUCAUCGGUGUUUUUUAUGUGAGACAAACUUCAUGUUUGUGUUGAUUUUUGCGUACCUGUACACAAAGUAAAACCUUAAAUCUCUUCACUUAUUUUGUCUUGUAUUUCUAAGUCCUUUUUUCUGACAGAGAGAGACUCAAUCUGCUUUCUUUUAGUGGUUCAAUGUAUCACUUAAUGUCAAUAUUUGCUGUGGGAAAAGCAUGAAGUUUCAUCCCUGUGCUGUAAACUGUGCCUGGCACCUACCACUCCAUAUGAGUUACAACUUACAAGAUAAAAAAUUGUCAAUUAUUUUCCAAAUGCUUAUGUUUGCAUAUGUAAGGUAACAAACAAAUAUCAAUUUUUUGUUUGUUUGUUCAAUAACCACUCAGAAAGUUCUUACAGGAGCUUUGAAGUCAGGAUUAAAUACAGUCCAACCCUUUGAAAUCCAAUUAUGAGCACAUGAAGAAAUGAGCACAGAUUUUUACUUCUCAUGGAGAAUAAAAAUCACGAGGAUCAAUAAAGACCCUGCAAAGUGGCUCGAAUUUAACUUUUGUUCAGUAUGACUGUGAAACUAUCAUGUAAUAAAUCAAUAUAGCAUUUAAAAUCAAAAUAUUUGAAUAAUCAGAGUAAUGUUUCAGCCGCCCUGUGGGGAGGUAUCAGGUGUCAUAUGAAGAGUCCAUCAGAAAGCUUAAUGUUGGUGUGUUUUGGUUUUAAAGUGCUCUCGGUUGACAUGAAACCAAACUCUCAAGGACAAGAGAAUUACAGGGGACUAAAGAGAAGCCUUCCUCAGAUCAAACAUCAGUUCCUGUUUUGCUGAAACGAACAAUGACUGGUUUGUGUGGUUUUUUUUAAGAGGAGACACAGGCUGUUUAAGUGUCAGCCGACCGGCUCAGGUGUGUGUACCUGGAGUUAUGAAGGGGAUGCUGCCUCUGGAAACACUGGCCUCAGUCAUGUUGGCAAAUAUCUCGUCUGAAGUCACCGUCUUUCUUCUCCUCCUGCUCCUGCUGCUACUUUUCACCGUGUGGAACCGAACAUAUCGCUCACAGAUACCAGGUGACUGAUUCAUGCUCUUUUACUUAGCUCAUGUCCACUGAUCCAUGAGGAUGGGAUACUACAGCUCUGCAAAGACAGAAAAAAUAUGAGAGAGUUAUUUAUGGGUAAAGGAUUUAGGAAAGUUUUAGAUAAGAAGUUUCUGAUAAUAUUUGACUUUCAAUGAUCCCUUUUCCCGGAGGUCCCCCUUUCUUGGCGGGACUCGGCCCUCUCCUCACCUACAGCAGGUUCAUCUGGACUGGGAUAGGAACAGCCAGUAACUACUACAACAACAAAUACGGCAGCAUUGUUCGGGUCUGGAUUAACAGUGAGGAGACCCUCAUCCUCAGUGGGUAAGUCUCUGAAAACACGAGCUCCAUGAAGCCCUAUUUUGACCUUAAACAGUGUAAUGGGUGAAGGCUGUGCUGCUCUCACAGGUCUUCAGCGGUCUAUCAUGUCCUGAGGAGUACUCACUACACAGCCAGAUUCGGCAGUAAAAGGGGGCUGGAGUGUAUCGGCAUGGAAGGAAAAGGGAUCAUUUUCAACAGUGACGUCCAGCUCUGGAGGAAAGUGAGGACAUAUUUUUCCAGAGGUGAGAGACGACCCUUUUUUUGUUGCAGUUUCCCAAAAGAAGCUGACCUAAAAAAGGGCGGUCAUAACUGAAACACUGCUCUGUUGUUUUCAAACUUCUGUCCCGUUUCGAUUUGACAGCUCUGACAGGCCCUGGUCUCCAGAGGACAGUGGGAAUCUGUGUGAGCUCCACAGCCAAACAUCUGGAUCGCCUACAAGAGAUGACUGACCCCUCUGGACACGUGGAUGCUCUAAAUCUGCUGAGAGCCAUUGUGGUGGACAUCUCCAACAGGCUUUUCCUCGGGGUGCCGCUCAAUGGUCAGCUGUCUUCUCACUUACUGUAAAUCUACACUUUAACUGUGUGUUUUCUAGUUUGUUUUGUAUUUUUUUUUUUUUAUCCAGAAAAAGACCUGCUGAUGAAAAUCCACAACUACUUUGAAACAUGGCAGACAGUUCUGAUAAAGCCUGAAAUAUUCUUUAAGAUCGGGUGGCUCUUUAACAAGCACCAGAAAGCAGCGUAAGAUCCUCACGUUUACUGUAGAUCAAUAUGCAGCUUCACUUCGAGGAAAUUUCGGUUCUUUUUUUGUUCCAACAGCCAAGAGCUGCAGAACGUGAUGGAGAGCCUUCUCCAGACAAAAAGGAAGAUUAUCCAGGAGUCUGAGAAGUUGGAUGAUGAUCUUGACUUUGCAGCAGAGCUCAUCUUUGCUCAAGUUUGUCUCCUCUCAUAAAUCUGUCCCCGUCCCAAUGAUGUUGUGUGCUUGCUGCAUACCUUUAUCUCCUCUUUCCACAGAACCACGGUGAGCUUUCAGCAGAUAAUGUCAGACAGUGCGUACUGGAGAUGGUGAUCGCAGCUCCUGACACACUCUCUAUUAGCCUUUUCUUCAUGCUGAUGCUGCUGAAACAAAACCCAGAUGUGGAGCUGAGGAUAGUCGAGGAGAUGACAACAAUUUUAGGUAGGUGUAUAUAUGUGCUGAAUUAGCAGAAACAAACUUCUCCAACAAUCCCUAAAUGCUUCAUGUUGAUUUUCAGGAGAAAGGGAAGAUGGAAACAUCGACUAUCAAAGUUUAAAAGUGCUGGAGAGUUUCAUAAACGAGUCUCUGCGGUUCCAUCCUGUGGUUGAUUUCACGAUGCGUAAAGCUCUGCAGGACGACAACAUCGAAGGCAUUAAAAUCGCAAAAGGAACCAACAUCAUCCUGAACAUUGGUCUCAUGCAUAAAACUGAAUUUUUCCCCAAACCCAAAGAAUUCAAUUUGACAAACUUCGACAAAACAGUGAGUCAGCUGAUUAUUUUGAAACAAUCUGAGGCUGUAAAUACGAACAGCAGUCGGGUUUUUUACCUCUUAUGUUUGGUAACAGGUGCCCAGUCGGUUUUUCCAGCCCUUUGGUUGCGGGCCUCGGUCCUGCGUGGGCAAACACAUCGCCAUGGUGAUGAUGAAGGCCAUCCUGGUGGCUCUGUUGUCCCGUUACACCGUGUGUCCUCGCCAAGGCUGCACCAUCAACAGCAUCCGGCAGACCAACGACCUCUCACAGCAGCCUGUGGAGGACGAGCACAGCCUGGCCAUGCGUUUUAUUCCUCGAGCAGCACAACUUCAACAGUCAGCACUGAUACUGACGACACACAUUUGACGAAGAAAAGCCGGGUUUUGCAAUUAUUGGGGAAUGUUAAUGAUAAAGAGACAGGAGCUGUGUUGUUCAAAUGUUCAUAAACCCCUGAAUCUACCAUGCUCUUUAGUUCUGCUCUGCUCUCUUGGUAGCUGUUUUUAGGCAGGUGAACACACAGUUGGUGAAACUGCAGCAGAUGUUACGCUGCCAUAGGUGAAAACAUUUGAAGGUUUGGAGUAGAUUCAGAGCUGUGCUUGAUGUCCUGGCCUUUAGGAUACAGUGGAAGAAAAACAGAGACGACAUAGGAGGAUUUUAUUUGAAGGGGUCUACAAAAGACUGACAUCACGCUGUCAUAAUCAUGACAUGACACCUGUCAUUAAUACGAAUAAGGCUAAUGAAGGUUGUCAUUAAGUGUCAUUCAGCAAAUGAUGACACCUGUGGUGCUUCAUUGACAAUGUUUGGGAAGGAAUUGUCAUCAACAUAGCACUUAAUGACAACCCUCAUAAGCCUUAUCUGUGUUAACGACAGGUGUCAUGUCAUUAUUAUGACAGCGUAACGUCAGUCUUAUGUCUACUCCUUCAAGUUACAGAUUUUUUUUCUGUGUAAAGAGGGUCACAAAACAUUUAACUGUUUGCUUUACAGCAGUGCAAACUAGCAUCUACUUUCAACUUAGUCUGACUUAAAGGGCCGCAGCAUUUAAAAUGUACUGAUGAAGUUGUCCUGUAGCCUGUAGCCUGUAAAGCCUGUAUAGCCAACACUGUACUGUAUAGUUUGUGCAAAGUAUAUUUUCUGUCUAUUGUUAUGGGUGUUACUACAUAGAACAUUAGUUACAUUUUACUGGUGGUAUAGUGAGUAUAUUGAAUCAUGUUAUUUGUGCACAUACUGGACUAUGUAAGAUUGUUGUUUAAUGUACAUUAGCAGACAGUAAACCCCAAUAAAACCACUAUAAUUCCAUAUUACAGCAUCG